AUGGCCACGCGCCCGCCCGUCGCCUCGCCGUUCUUCCUGCUGCUUGCCGCUGCCCGCUGUGCCGCCCGCCUGUGCGCGCUCGCCGCCCUGACUACGCCUCACGCGCACCCAGCCGCACGAGCUCCGCCCGGCUGCUCCGCUGCCCGAGCUCCGGCUCACCGCAGCCGUAGCCCCCCUGUAACCUGCGCGCCUGCGGCCCCUAAUGCUGCUCUUGCAACGCUGCAGCUGCUCCUUAUGUCGCGCCGCCGCGGUCCCAUACCUGCUGCCGCUGCUGCCCCUCGCCGCCCACUCCGGCCGCUCGCGUCGCCCGCCCAAGGUGGCCUCGCACGCCGUUCGUCUCGCCCUGCAACCGCGCCUCCCUGCUCGUCAGACCCGCCCCGCCUCCCAGCGCCGCUGCCUGCCCCGCUCGCCUACCACGCGCGCACCGCCGCGCCGCCCUCCACCGGCGCCACCCGCUGCACCCCCUAG